AUGCCACUUGUAUUCUAUCGGAGUGUGAGCGCCGGGUGGCGUGUCGGUUUUGCGGCGUCAUUGGACGGGGCGAAUGUACGUGUCUGCGAUGGGCCAGUGGAGGAGACGGUCUCCUCACUGGACGUUUACAUCCCACAGUUGUCCGAUGCGGAGGGCGAUGCGCAGCUGCUGCUUCACAUGAGCAACCACCCCUCAAUCUUCUUACAGAAAACAAAUGCGGCACUCAUGGUACCUACUCCACUUGUUGGUUUACCACCUGUCGUGGAGUUGCUUCGCUACCGCGCCGCUAAUGAUAAGUUCUUAACGGACAUUGGUGAUAACUUUUCUGUUCUUUUGGACGAGGGUAGCUUCAGUGGCAGUGAAUUGUCGGGAUGCGAUAGCGCCCUCAAGGCGGCACUCACGUGGAAGGGCUUGCACAAACGCCAGGUUGUGGUCUCAUGUGGGAAUACGCCACCUGGUCUUUGUGGAGCUUUGCUAGACACAUGUUGUACGCUCUUUGAGGCGACGCCAGUGCAGCGAAGUAUGAUUGAAGCCGGAAUGCAUUUGCUUGCUGCCUUCACCACUACCGCUGGACGGCGGCAGAUGUGCUACCUGCAGGCGCAUGUGUGCGUUGGCGAAGGGGCCCAGGAAGAGUUGCAGGGCAUUCGUUUGGAAUGCAAUCAUCUGUUUGUUUCUGGUAUUGGCGAGUCCAAUGACUUUAAUAUAUUUGCAUACAUUUUGUAUGGACUCAAUGAACAAGAGAGGGAACAGCUUUACAUCAACCACAACCAGCGACGUUUUGUGUGUCAGUCAAGCGUUGAGGAUAUCGGCCUCAUUGCGUCUCGGCAGGAAGAAUACAUCACCUUCAUGCGGGCGACGGAAACCCUUGGCUUCUCCGUUGCCACGCUGCAGGCAGUAUUUAGACAGUUAGCGGCGAUUGUACAUCUUACCGAGAUCGAGUUUGACGCGGAUGGCACGCUGUCAAGUAUUUCUGCUCUCAAAAACGUUGCCUGUCUUCUUCAGUUGGAUCUUCACGGGUGCCUAAGUGUAUUUUCCACCCGGGAAGUUUGUGUGACCGCCGCCCGGCUGCUUUACCGUGCCCUCGUUGCCACGCUGAUAAAGAAAGCGAAUACGGCACUUCACUUCUCUGGGGAGGCGACACCGCCGCCGCCGUCCAUUACGAUGCUCGUCAUGCCGUCGCUUCCCCCAGCAGAGUCCGAUGCCUUGGAGAACAUUGUCUGCACCACCAUGUAUGAGGACGUACUACAAGCUUUUCUCCGUUCCAGUGAUCAUGAGGUUAUACAGUGGCAACGUGCCGGGAUUUGUGUGCCGGAGAGUUUGCAGGAGUUGUUUACACCGAUGGAUAAUUAUGGUCUGCUGAAGGUGCUGUACGGACUUGGUGGUGUUCUCUCUGUGGCUCGCUCGGCGCAGAUGGAAGAAGAGAUCGAACCGGCACUAGCAAACUGUACGAAAAGUGCUUAUGCAAGGCUCAAUGCUAGUACGCUAGUGCUUGCUUUUGAACAUUCGUUUGGGGUGCGACACUACCAGUUUCCACGCACCAAACACCACGCAGCAGAACUGAAGUCUGUGUAUCAUGCGGACUUUAACCCUGUGCGUACAUUCCUUAUCGAAAAUGCGGAUGUAGAGACACAAGAAAUCCUGCAUUUCCUGGUGCAGACGGAGAAUUGUGUUGCAGAAAACAUCGUUGCAGAAGAGUUGCUUCACGUGAGACCCUUGCUUAAUGUUCUGCAGGACAACACAAACAUGUUUUGGUGGCUGGGAAGUAUUCAACUCGGCGUGGCAUUUAACGGCAAUUUUAUCGAAAGGCAGUUGUGUGAGCUGCCACUGCGUCCUGCUUUGGCGUUGCGACGGCAACUGCAUCAUCACUAUGUUGCAUGUCAGGCCGGGUUUAUUGUCUCCGCCUUCAGGGUACUUUUGCCUCCUGCGAACGCAGGUGACACUGAAAGAUGCCAUGCUGCAGUUGCCAUUCUUGAUGCCUGUGGGGCGACGUAUCAUGUGACCCCGGAGAAGGGGUUUCUUGUGGCCUCCAAUUCACUUGUGGAGAUGCAUAGGAAGAUGAAGGAAAAUAUCGAGCGAGAUGCAACCCUCGUCCAGGCGUUUGCGCGAACGCGUUCUCGCUGCAUCACCUUACAGAGACGUGUUGCAGCGUGGACGGACCUUCUACGAGACAUUGACCUGCAGCGGAAACGGGUGGUUGAGGAGGAACAAUACCGUUUUCAGAAUUGCGAUUUGCAUCUCGCCCAAUUGCUGGACCUUAUGGAAGGCGAAAAUGCCGCCCGCUCCACAGUGAAGGAGAAGUGCUGGGGAGAGUACAUGUCACUACAGCACUCGUUUCAAGAGCAGAUGGAGGCUCUUUUGGUGCAUGUAGUGUUAUCUUCUGUUCGUAAGGAGGAGAAACGGCUGAAUUCGGCUCGGCAACGAUAA